AUGGUUAUCACACAACGGUCAUUAAGUACGCGACUUGGGAUGCUCAGACAAGAUGUGAUUGAUCCGCUGCAGACAGCACUAAAGAAUGACCCAGCGCUGGCAAAAAAACAGCCGUUGACAGUUGAAUUAAAAGAAAUGGAGCGAUCAUACAGACUACCGAAAAUAUUACAACAACUACCACUGCUUAAACACGCAAACGACGGGCUAAUUUUCACACCCGUCAAUUUGCCAUAUUCAUUUGGCACUUGUCCAAAACUGUUCAAAUGGAAACCAGGAAACAGCAACACGGUCGACUUUAAGAUCAACGUGGUAUGGAACACGGAACGAAAACCACGAUACGAGCUAUUUAUUACGAGUAACGGUGUGCCUAAGUAUUAUGAUCAGUUGACGCCUGAGGAUGAGCUGGCUGCAGAAUGGCGUAAAAACCCUCCAAAUAGUCGUAUUGGUGAAUUUUGGUGGGACCCGAACUGGAAAACUAUUGUAGUUAACGAAGAUGGGUAUGCUCCCAGUGUUCGUGCGGGUGGUUGGAGGUUUCUAAGAUUUCGCGACGACAAAGAUUUUGCUAAUGACGAAAAACUCGUGAAAAAAAUAAUGAACAGCAUACAAGAUGCUGUAUCUCAAGAGAUGCCUCAACAAUUGGUAUUAUGCUUCAAACAACAGCAGCAGAUUCAAACCUCUACUUUACGUCAUCAAAGUUCCACACUGAACUUUAAAUCCUCAUUACCCUCGCGUUUCUUUGCGCAACGAGUGAAAUCGUCCAGUUCUACGACAAACAAGAAAAAAACAAAGGAAAAAAUUGAUGUCACAAAGUCUGAGGUUUCCCCAGUCAAUUUAAAUGAAGAAAUCACAAAGGUUUUGGAAGUACUUGCACGAAAUGAAAAGAAUGAAGAUAACGUAUAUAAGGAACGCGCGUAUUACAAUGCUAUACGUACGCUUUCAUUAUACCCGCACAAAAUUACCUCUGGAGGCGAGGCCAAGCAGCUAAAAGGAAUAGGAGAAAGCAUUGCUCGGAAAAUUGACGAAAUUCUAGAAACAGGUACAUGCGAAAAAUUAACAGAGGCUAGUAAUCCAUCAACGCAAUUAAUGAACUUAUUUACGCGAGUUUUUGGGAUUGGGCCAGUCGCCGCUAAGAAAUUUGUCGAAAAGGGAUAUACGUCUAUAGAGGAUCUUGCCAAAGAUCCUGAUUUGAAUCAGAAUCAACGUUUGGGAAUUAAAUAUUUUCAUGAUUUUGAAAAAACGAUUCCGCGUGAGGAAAUGGCUGAACUGGAUAAAUUAGUGACUACUGUUGCUCGAGAAAUUGACGAGAAAUAUAUUGUGACUGUUUGUGGAAGCUAUCGUCGUGGCGAACCCGAGUCAAGUGAUAUCGACAUUGUUAUAGCCCACCCGGAUUAUACAAGUUCGCUUGAAUCCGAUCCUGGAGAAUUGUUAAAGACAUUUAUAGAUAAAUUAAUAGAGAAGGAAUUUAUUACCGACCACAUUACGUCAGGCGCAGUAAAAUACACAGGGGUUUGUCGACUUUCAGAUAAUGAAACCCGCGUACAUCGGCGGAUCGAUAUUCGACUUUUACCAUACGACCGCUCUUGGCUUGGAGUAUUCUUAUUUACUGGUGACGACGAAUUCAAUAAGAAAAUGAGGAGUCGUGCCAUGGAUUUAAAUAUGCAUUUUAGUGAAUAUAUAUUAGCGCGUAAAGACAAAAAGACUGGUGAAAUAAAGGAACCUAUAGAAGUACGAAACGAAGCGGAUAUUUUCAGAGCGCUCGGGUUGAAUUAUAUAGAUCCAAAAGAUCGGUCUUGGAAAAUGAUUAGAAAGAAAGAUAAGAUUUCGCAACCUGACAAGAGAGAUUGGAUAAAAGAGGAAAUUAAGCCACUACAAUCGUCGAAUCGCCUAAUAGAAGGGAAGAUUAAACCACCACUAUCUUUGAAUCGUCUAAUAGAAGAGGAAAUCAAACCGCAAACAUCGUCGACUCACAUAAUAGAGAAGGAAAUCAAACCGCAAAAAUCAUUAAAUCAACUAAUAGAAGAGGAGAUCAAACCACCACAAUCGUCAACUCGCUUAAUAGAGGAGGAAAUCAAACCACCACAAUCAUCGAAUCGUCUACUAGAAGUAACAAAGAGAAUUUUUAAAUGGCCGUGGACAGGAAUUUCUCGUUAA